AUGGCAUAUUUUUUAAUUUCUUUUCUAUUAUUAUUUUUGUGUGCUAGAACAAAUACUGACCAAAAUGCUGAUGAAUCUGUAGAAUUAAAUUAUAAUGUAGAUACAUAUCCACCUUAUCCUGUAAAACCAAAGACUAUUAAUUAUUUCCUUGUGAAUAAUGUUUAUGCAAAAAAUAUAGAUGCUGUAUUUAAAAGCUUAAAAUCACAAACUUGUUUGAUUUUUGAAAAAAAAAAGAAUUAUAGUAAAAAUAUACAUAUUCAUUUUUUUUACGAUUAUAGCGGUGAUGUAAUUUCAUUAGCUUGUUGUAAAAAUACAGAAACAAAAGCUUUUUUAACAAAUAAAACACAACACAGUCUUAGAUUAACAAGCCAUUAUAUUGGCCGUGCUUUGGGUUUGACUCCAGAAAUAUUACGUGAGGAUAGAGAUAAAUUUGUAAAAAUGGAUUUUAAAAAUAUUGACAGCAAUUAUAAAAAAUAUUACGAAAAUCCAAAUAUAACUAUAAGACUUAAACCUACCACUGAUUUUAAUUAUAAAUCAAUAAUGUUUCUUAGUCCUUAUUAUGGAAGCAAAAAUCAACAACCUAUCUUUAAAGCUAAAAUGUCAUCUUAUUAUGAUGAAAUGAUUGGAAAAUAUGAUUAUUUUACUCAUAACGAUAAGAAAUAUUUAAAUAGUAUAUACUGUAGUUCAAAAUGUAAAAAUAAAUUUAGUGGAUGUAAAAAUGGUGGAUAUGAAAAUCCUUCUUGCAAUGCAUGUAUAUGUCCAACUGGUUUUGUAGGAAAAAAAUGUACAAGCAUUGCUUCUUCAAAAGGUAAAUGUGGUAGUAAAAAAUAUUUCACUGUAUCUACUAAAAAAAAAUAUAUAACUGGUGAUUCUUUCUCUGGAACAUGUUAUUUUUCAAUAAAAUCAACCUCUACCAAAAAAUAUGUAAAAAUAAUUGUUGAAAAUCUAAGCAUUGCAUCAACAAGUAAGUGUAAUGGUGAAUAUGGUUUAGAAAUAAAACAUCGUGAUGAUAAAGGAGCAGAUGGUCUUUAUCUGUGCGGUCAAUAUAGAAAAGUUGAAAUUCCCGUAACAUCAAAUUUUGUUCUUCUACGUUAUAAUGUCACAGGUAAAAAUAAUAAAUUGAAGAUUUCAUAUCAACAAGUCAACAGUCUUUCAAAAAUAUAA